CAGGUGUUUGUCCCUCAGGGACAGGUGACAGUGACCAAUCCCAGGUGUUUGUCCCUCAGGGACAGGUGACAGUGACCAAUCCCAGGUGUUUGUCCCUCAGGGACAGGUGACAGUGACCAAUCCCAGGUGUUUGUCCCUCAGGGACAGGUGACAGUGACCAAUCCCAGGUGUUUGUCCCUCAGGGACAGGUGACAGUGACCAAUCCCAGGUGUUUGUCCCUCAGGGACAGGUGACAGUGACCAAUCCCAGGUGUUUGUCCCUCAGGGACAGGUGACAGUGACCAAUCCCAGGUGUUUGUCCCUCAGGGACAGGUGACAGUGACCAAUCCCAGGUGUUUGUCCCUCAGGGACAGGUGACAGUGACCAAUCCCAGGUGUUUGUCCCUCAGGGACAGGUGACAGUGACCAAUCCCAGGUGUUUGUCCCUCAGGGACAGGUGACAGUGACCAAUCCCAGGUGUUUGUCCCUCAGGGACAGGUGACAGUGACCAAUCCCAGGUGUUUGUCCCUCAGGGACAGGUGACAGUGACCAAUCCCAGGUGUUUGUCCCUCAGGGACAGGUGACAGUGACCAAUCCCAGCUGUUUGUCCCUCAGGGCAGGUGACACUAGCGCUGACCCGCCCUGUUUGUCCCUCAGGGAAGGUGGCGGUGGCCGUGUCCUGCCGCGAGCCCUACCUGUGCGCCCAGUGCCACACGGACUUCACGUGCCGCUGGCGGGAGGAGAAGAACGGCACCAUCAUGUGCGAGACCUGCAUGGCCUCCAACCAGAAGAAGGCCCUGAAGGCCGAGCACACGAACCGGCUCAAGGCCGCCUUCGUCAAGGCCCUGCAGCAGGAGCAGGAGAUCGAGCAGAGGAUCCUGCAGCAAACGGCCCCGCCCGGGCAGCCCAAGGCCGAGCCCGUGGGGCAGCACCACGCGCUCAAGCAGAGUUCCAGCCAGAUGUCCCGAGGUGCUUCCCGAGGGAGGCAUUCCAGAAUUCCAGAGAUCUCAAAUCCUGAUUUUUGGUCCAAAACCUUCACGUUAUCGGGUGGGGCCCUGCCCUUCGUCAGCCCCGCUCUGGCCGUGCACAAAUCUCAAUAA